AUGGGCACUGGACAGAGCCGCAGCAGGAUCACGGAGCAAGACAAGGCUAUCCUUGAUAUGAAAGUCCAACGGGACAAGUUAAAGCAGUACCAGAAGAGAGUCCAGGUCGUGCUCGACCGUGAAGACGCGUUGGCCCGAGGACUGCUCCUAAAAGGCGACAAAAAGCGAGCACUCCUCGCCCUGCGGCGGCGUAAAUACCAGGAGCAAAUGAUUCAAAAGACCGACUCGCAGCUCUUUACGCUCCAGCAAUUGAUGGAGACCAUCGAGUUUUCGCUUGUGCAAAAGGACGUGAUGUUUGGAUUGGAGCAAGGAAGCAAGGUGUUGACGCAGCUCAAUAAGGAGAUGCGCAUGGAGGAUGUCGAGAGAUUGGCUGAGGAUACCGCUGAGGCUAUUGCUUAUCAGAAUGAGGUUGAGGAAGCCUUGAAGGGCAGUAUGACAGUGGAAGAUGAGGAGGACGUUUUGAGGGAGCUGGAGGAGCUGGAAAGGCAGGAGGAAGAUAGAUUGAGGAAUUGGCCUCGGAGAUAG